AUGGUUAGGGAAGGUAUAGUUUUGGAUCACAAAGUAUCUCAAAAGGGACUGGAGGUUGACAAGGCAAAGAUUGAGUUAAUUGAGAAGCUACCACCACCAAUUUCGAUAAAAGGUAUUCAGAGUUUCUUGGGGCAUGCAGGAUUCUACCAUAGAUUCAUCAAAGACUUCUCAAAAAUUGUACUCCCAUUAUCCAGGUUAUUGGAGAAGGAUGUUAAAUUUGACUUUGACGACGCAUGUAUGGCAGCCUUUAAAUGCUUGAAAGAGAAAUUAAUCUCUACCCCGGUGAUUAUUAGCCUAGAUUGGUCGGAACCGUUUGAAGUGAUGUGCAAUGCAAGUGGGACUGCAUUGGGUGUUGUUUUACGACAAAAGCGAAACAAACUAUUUCAUCAAAUCUAUUAUGAAAGAAAAAUAUUGAAUGGGGCUCAACGUAACUACACUGUUACGGAGGAAGAGUUACUUGCAAUAGUAUAUGAAUUUGAGAAAUUUCAGUGGUCGUCCCUCUACAAAGAUGCCCAUGAAUUUGUCAAGAAAUGCAUACAAUGCCAAAAACAAGGUGGAGUGUCACGAAGGUAUGAGUUGCCUCUUCAAUCCAUUCUGGAGGUUGAGUUAUCCGAUGUUUGGGAAAUAGAUUUUAUGGGGCUAUUUGUGAGCUCGUUUAGUAACAACUAUAUUUUGGUGGCUAUGGAUUAUGUUUCGAAAUGGGUUGAAGCGGUAGCACUACCUAUCAAUGAAGGGAAGAGUGUUGUCCACUUUCUAAAGUGCUACAUCUUUGCAAGAUUUGGCACCCCUCGGGCUAUCAUAAGUGAUGGAGGUUCACAUUUUUACAACCGGCUAACUGACUCGUCUCGAAAGCUAGAUGAUUCUCUUUGGGCAUAUCGCACUGUGUACAAGACACCAAUUGGCAUGUUCCCAUAUCAACUGGUUUUUGGGAAGUCUUGUAUCCUACCGAUUGAACUUGAACACAAAGCACUAUGGACACUAAAGGCAUUAAACCUGGAUUGGGAAAAUGGUUCGAAAGGGAGAGUAGAUCAGCUACACGAAAUGGAAGAAUUGAGGUUUAGAGCAUAUAAAAGUUCAGCUCUUUACAAGGAAAAAAUGAAACAUGGCAUGAUUCUAAAAUCAUUAGAAGAAAAUUUUUGGGUUGGAGACUUUGUGUUGCUAUACAAUUCUCAAUUGAGACUCUUCCCGGGAAAGCUCAAGUUAAAAUGGUCCGUCCCGUUUAAAGUGACAUGCAUAUUUCAGAAUGGGGCCAUUGCGGUCGAAGGUGAAGAGAGUCCAGCCUUCAAGGUAAAUGGGCAACUCUUAAAGUUGUAUUUUGGAGAAUGUCAUGAGAUUGAUUGA